UCUCUCUCUCCCUCUCUAUUUUUUUUUUUCUCUCUCUCUCUCGCUUCCCUCCCUCCCUCCCUAUUUCUCUCUCUCUCCCCCCUCGCCCUCUCUCUCAUUCUCUCUCUCCUCCUCCUCUCGGUGAGUCUCUAGGUGAGUCAAAAGCAGCCCUGAAUCAGGAAGUAGGAUGCCGUGACAGACAUUAGUAGGCAGAAGGAAAUGGGCACCACCACCACACAAUGUCACUAUGUCUGCUGCUGCUCCUGUCCAUGGUAACACAAGGACGAGAGGGAGGAGAGGCCACAGGGAAAUGACCCUAUCGUCGAUCAUGUUGCUGCUGGCUGUGACAGCCUGCCUGGCUGGGACUGUGUUCUGCCAGGGUGAUGAGGACACAAAUACUGUUGAAGAAACACAAACAGAAAAUGAUGCGGGGUUCUCAGUGAUCCCAACUGCAAGUGAUGCUACCCCUACACCAGACUCAUACCUAUCAUCUGAGAGUCCUUCAGGUGAGAUUACACCUGUCUCCAUAACACAAUUCCAUUACCUGAUUUCCAUCAGAGCCUUGCAUGACAACAACAAAAAGGCCCUCUGGUUUUUCAUUUCAUUUUAUGUCAUUUCAGAGGGAUAUGAGACUGAAGCUGAAUCUGGUUCUGGAUACAGUCCAGGUGUCAAUUUAGAAGAAGAGGAUACUCUCAAAUCCUCUGAAGCACCACUGGAGGACAGUCUGAGUCUCACCUUCAUCCUGGUUCCUGUUGUGCUGGGGGUCGUGAUCAUCGCCAUGGUAGUGGGCGUAGUCAUAAUCAACCGCAGAUGGAAUCGGAAAGAAAAGAGCAAUUCUGAUAAUGUAGAAGAGGAUAAAUAUUUGCAUGGUAGCGAUGACACAGAAAACGUUCCAAUGCCCAUGUUUGAGGAUGAUGUCCCCUCUGUGUUGGAGCUGGAGAUGGAAGACCUGGAACAGUGGAUGAAUAAAGAUGGUGGAGUUCGAAUGGACUCUGGACAAGGGAUCUAACAUGAGAUCAUGGCUAGUCCCUAAAGAGUCAUGGAGUCAGUCAAUUCUCUCUCCCAACCGUCCUCUUGCUGUACUGCCGGUGACAAAGGACAUUUCCCCAGCGCAGGGAAGGACAUUCUGUGACCCAGCAGCACUGUAGGCUUCUUCUAUUCAUGUCAAUGUCAAAGCAACGUCAUCAACCGACCACAUUGACAACAAGGAAGCAACACCUCCACCAAGGUGACUGCAAAAAACAGGAAAUGCUGAAUUUAUUUUCCAUUUCAGCAUAAACAAAAGACAAGUAACAAUAAAUGCACAAGUUAAACCUUUUUAGAACGUAACAUAUUAAAAUCUGCGCAGUCCACCCUCAAAUGUGCUGUGGUAUAGACUCUAUGGAGAAACUACACGGAUCCUGAUUGUGGUCGGCCUAAUAAUGAAAGCUUUUUGGAACGCCCUCAACUCAGUACUGUGCCUUUUAGUCUUUGUUUCAAGUUCAUAUACACUUUUUAUGUGAUUGUUUUAUUGUCUUUUGUAUUCAGCUGUCAUGCAGUGAGAGAGGGAAUCAGUGAGAGAGGAAGGAGUAAAACACAGGAGGUUGGUGACACCUUAAUUGAGGAGGACGGGCUCGGGGUAAUGGCUGGAGCAGAAUGAGUGGAAUGGUAUCAAAUACAUCAGACACUUGGUUUCCAUGCGUUUGACGCCAUUCCAUUCGCUCCGUUCCAGCCAUUAUUAUGAGCUGUCCUACCUUCAGCAGCCUCCUGUGGAGUAAAAAUGCUAAAACUAUUGCUGAAAGCAGGUGUCGGUAGCCAUGUUCUGACACCCAGACAACAAUAUCAGAACUUGACCUCUAUAGAUCCUACAGUCCCUCCCCUUUACAACAUAAACACAUAUUCCAUGCCCACAGUAAAGCCAUACCAGAUGGUAUAUAUCCUUAUUCCAACGGCCAACUAACCCAGUCCCAUGAUAGAUAUGAUGGCUUUAACCCAAUCCCAUGAUAGAUAUGAUGGCUCUAACCCAGUCCCAUGAUAGAUAUGAUGGCUCUAACCCAGUCCCAUGAUAGAUAUGAUGGCUCUAACCCAGUCCCAUGAUAGAUAUGAUGGCUCUAACCCAGUCCCAUGAUAGAUAUGAUGGCUCUAACCCAGUCCCAUGAUAGAUAUGAUGGCUUUAACCCAGUCCCAUGAUAGAUAUGAUGGCUUUAACCCAGUCCCAUGAUAGAUAUGAUGGCUCUAACCCAGUCCCAUGAUAGAUAUGAUGGCUUUAACCCAGUCCCAUGAUAGAUAUGAUGGCUUUAACCCAGUCCCAUGAUAGAUAUGAUGGCUUUAACCCAGUCCCAUGAUAGAUAUGAUGGCUUUAACCCAGUCCCAUGAUAGAUAUGAUGGCUUUAACCCAGUCCCAUGAUAGAUAUGAUGGCUUUAACCCAGUCCCAUGAUAGAUAUGAUGGCUUUAACCCAAUCCCAUGAUAGAUAUGAUGGCUUUUAACCCAGUCCCAUGAUAGAUAUGAUGGCUUUAACCCAGUCCCAUGAUAGAUAUGAUGGCUUUAACCCAGUCCCAUGAUAGAUAUGAUGGCUUUAACCCAGUCCCAUGAUAGAUAUGAUGGCUUUAACCCAAUCCCAUGAUAGAUAUGAUGGCUCUAACCCAGUCCCAUGAUAGAUAUGAUGGCUUUAACCCAGUCCCAUGAUAGAUAUGAUGGCUUUAACCCAGUCCCAUGAUAGAUAUGAUGGCUCUAACCCAGUCCCAUGAUAGAUAUGAUGGCUCUAACCCAGUCCCAUGAUAGAUAUGAUGGCUUUAACCCAGUCCCAUGAUAGAUAUGAUGGCUCUAACCCAGUCCCAUGAUAGAUAUGAUGGCUCUAACCCAGUCCCAUGAUAGAUAUGAUGGCUUUAACCCAGUCCCAUGAUAGAUAUGAUGGCUCUAACCCAGUCCCAUGAUAGAUAUGAUGGCUCUAACCCAGUCCCAUGAUAGAUAUGAUGGCUCAACAAAUGUUUAUGCUAAAGACUAGCUAGUGUCUCCUCUCCUCUGCUCUGUCCCUUCUGGUUGUAGUACACAGACUGCAUGUGGAUCUAUCUCUCUGUCUCUCUUUCACUCUCUCUCUGUCCCUCUCUCUCUCUCUCUCUCUCUCUCUCUCUGUCUCUCUCUCUCUUUCACUCUCUCUCAUUCUCUCUCUGUCUCUCUCUUUGUCUCUCUCUGUCUCUCUCGCUCACAAACUCCCGACUCUAAUUACGAAACCCUGCCUAUUGUUUUAUGCAUGAGAUAACUGAGAACUGCUGGUACACUGCUUUGCUUUGGUUCAUGUGCAUCACGCAAUGCUAAAGCUGUUUAGAAUUCAAGAGGGAUUAGGGAAGGUAAUUUCUGAGAUAGAGUCCAAAUUUCAGUUGGGUUGUUAUAUACAGUGACUGUCUUGUGAUGUUUUGUUUUCCAUGAUUUUCUUUGAGAAACAGUAUUUCACAAUUACUGUCAUUACUUCCAAAGCAUGUCAUUCCUGUUGAUGGUACACUGUCUUUCAUUGGUUGAAUAUGUUUUUCCUCCAAUGAUAGUGGUGUUGUUGAUAUGCAAUCUGAAUCUACAAAUUCUCGUCACAUCGAUGUAUAAAUGUUAUGCUCAGCUCUAUGUGGCAGAUAAUCAGUAUUUUGCAGUAACUUUCAUUGUAAAUAUGUGGAAGAUAUUUUUUUUACUCGCAUGUAUAUUUUUUAAAUGUGUAUAUUGUGCUUGAUUUGAUACAAAUAUUGAUAUAGGAGUGAAUUUGGUCCCUCAAUCUCUGUUAGGUCCUCAUACUUGUCAGUAUCCAAGUGUUACAGCAUUAGUUAUUGUAAUAAAGAGUAAUAAUUUCAAUAAGGAACCAACUGUCCAGCCAAUAUAUUUGCAUAUUUGUAAAUCAUCAAUAAAUCUGUGACGCGCUA